AUGAGCAAGCCGCCUGUCGUUUGCGACAAUGGCACCGGGUUUGUCAAGUGCGGCUUCGCGGGCGACAACUUCCCUACGCACAUCUUCCCGUCGAUUGUCGGCCGGCCCAUCCUCCGCGCCGAGGAGAAGGUGGGGCAGGUCCAGCUCAAGGUGCGUGGCCCGCGUGAGUGCGGGCGUUGGCGUCGCCUCUCCACGCCCACGUCGUACCCAAUCACGAACGGGGUCGUGCAGCGGUGGGAGGACAUGUGCCACCUCUACUACUACACCUUUCGCGAGAAGCUCAAGAUCGACCCCACGGAGCACAAGAUCAUGCUGACCGAGGCG